UUGCCAAAACGAAACAAAUUAAAGGAUUGAGUGUUGGGCUUGAAUUGAAAUAUAAACAUCGCUUUGAAAUGAACCACGAAUGUAACAUCUUGAAAAGAGAAGAAAAAAGAAUAACAUCAUUUUUGAGUGAUAUUCAAUUCCUAGGAAUCGGUAAUGAUCUAAUAGUUACAGGUUAUCUCAGAACUUUUGGUCAUCUUAAGAAAUUGAAAUCUCUUGGAAAUUCUAUUGAAAAGCACUCCCAGUAUGUGAAUUUACUCCAUGUUCUGAAAUUCGCCCAAUUUUUGACGAAUCUCGAGCGACUUGUUACUUUUUGUGAUCAUGAAUCUGAUGAUUUUUUUCAGGUUGAAAAUCAAUUACCGAUAUUUGGAAAUCUUUUAGAUCUUCAGCUUGUAGAUACUUCAAGUGGUGGGUCAUAUACUCUUACAAAAUUCUUGAACUUGUGUCCAAAUGUACUCAACCUUUUUCUGAUUGUGAAUUCUUAUCGAAUGGAUCUAAUGCAUCAAAUCAACAGAAAUUUUAAUGUACAAAGAUUGGAUUUAUUUAUUUUUCGCUGGAAUUCAGAAAAGAUGAUCAAAACUAUUGAAAAGUUUCCAAACUGUCGAUACUUAAGUAUUAGGGGUGAAUCUUCGCUAUCUUCAGAUGAAUUGAUCCAUAUAAUUAGUACAUUACCUCAUUUGUCAUUAUUGUUGAUCGAACAUGCCGGGAGAGAUUCAGCAGAUCAACAAGUCGUGAAAAACUUUUGUCACUCACAAAAUCGUAAAAUCGAUGUUUAUUUUGGUUCUACAAAUGCGAAACUAUUUAUGUUUCAUGAACUUAAUCGAUUGUUUUUUAAUCACUUUCUACAUAAAUGAAGUGUAAAGAUUGUACGUUUUAACUCUCCAUUUAUAAUCGAACCUAACAAUAAAAAAAAUCCAACUAAUUAAAAUAUUAUGUAUGGGUUCGUAAUUAGGAUCAUUUUGCCUCUUCUUUUUGGCUUGAUCACAAUCAACACUGAGAGACUUUGAUUGGAUCCAUAAUUGUAUCAUGAUUAACAUUUUGUCAACUUCUAAGGUUAAAUUAGGAUCAUUUAAUUUUUCAAGAAAAUGAGAGGUUAAAUUGGGAUCAAUUA